GGGUCUUCACCACUGUGUGUACUUCCGUCAUUUCCGUCCGACGGGGUUAAAAAAAACAAAACAUACGACUAGCAAAAGAGCUGUAAUGAAACCGAACCUAAAAAGCUCAACUACCUCCUACAUUACCAUGUGUAGCAUACAGGUUAGGCGGUGAGUUCGCUAACGACACGGGGAGCUAAUGUUGGGUAGCCAACCAGCCUUUUUACAACAUGAAUUUAAGAGGACUCUUUCAGGACUUCAACCCCAGUAAGUUCCUGAUCUACUCCUGUCUGCUGCUCUUCUCCGUGCUGCUCUCCUUGAGGCUGGAUGGCGUCAUCCAGUGGAGUUACUGGGCUGUGUUCACCCCGAUAUGGCUGUGGAAGCUGUUGGUCAUCAUCGGGGCCUCUGUGGGCACUGGAGUCUGGGCACACAACCCCCAGUACAGGGCUGAAGGGGAGACAUGUGUGGAGUUCAAAGCCAUGCUGAUCGCAGUGGGGCUCCACGUCCUGCUGCUGAUGUUCGAGGUGUUGGUGUGCGACCGCGUGGCGAGGGGAAAUUACUUCUGGCUUCUCGUCUUCAUGCCUCUCUUCUUCGUGUCGCCCGUCUCUGUAGCAGCCUGCGUCUGGGGGUUCAGACACGACCGCUCGCUCGAGUUGGAGGUGUUGUGUUCAGUUAACAUUCUCCAGUUCAUCUUCAUCGCCCUGAGGCUCGACAGGAUCAUCAACUGGCCUUGGCUGGUGGUGUGUGUUCCACUGUGGAUCCUGAUGUCCUUCCUGUGCCUUGUUGUCCUCUACUACAUCAUCUGGUCUGUCCUCUUCCUGCGCUCCAUUGACAUCAUCGCCGAGCAACGGCGGACUCACAUCACCAUGGCAAUCAGCUGGAUGACCAUCGUCGUGCCCCUCCUCACCUUCGAGAUCCUUCUGGUGCACAAGCUGGACGGCCACAACAGUCUGAGCUACGUGUGUGUGUUCGUCCCCCUCUGGCUCUCCCUGCUCACCCUCAUGGCCACCACGUUUGGCCAGAAGGGAGGAAACCACUGGUGGUUUGGCAUCCGUAAGGACUUCUGCCACUUCCUGUUGGAGCUCCUCCCCUUCCUGCGAGAGUACGGUAACGUGUCCUACGACCUCCAACGCAGCGAGGACCCCGAGGCGGCCGAGGAUCUGCCCGUCCCCGAACCGCCGCCAAAGAUUGCCCCGAUGUUCCACAAGAAGACCGGCGUGGUGAUCACACAGAGCCCCGGGAAGUACUUUGUCCCGCCGCCUAAACUCUGCAUCGACAUGCCGGACUAACUGGAUCAGGGCGGACGGGGACGGCUGUACUGACGGGUUCAAGUCGUGGAGCCAAAACCGCAGAGGACACUGUGUUUGUUUUGGUUUUAUCGAAGGAUUUGGUCCCCUCGCCUAAACUCUGCAUUAGCAUGGCUGCCGAGAGAGACGCACUAGAGCCAGUAUGGUGAUGGAACACUAAAGGAUCCACGAGAGUAAAGACUGCCCGGCCUAACUCGGUCGAGGACUGAAUCAUGGAACCAAAAGAAAGGACUUCUUUGUUUUUUAUCCGUAGGUGAAGUUUCACUGUUUUGCUUACUCCCAGUUUUAUCCAUUUCAUGAUGGACAUUUUGGGGGAAAUUGACAACAGAAUUGUCUCCGAUUCACUUGGAUCUAAAUAUUUAGGCUGACAUGAUCGCUGACAGACGAGCUGGAUCUGCGUAGACUUGAAUAUUUGACUCUGUAACAGCUGUUGAUCGUUGAUUCAGACAAACCUAAAGCGAAGAUGACAUUCGUCUUGCUUUAAGAUGGGGACCAUUAGAGAUACUAGCUUGAAUUUGGGAUUUUUUUCUCCCCUGUGUCCACUAUUGACCAUGCAGGGGGAGAAACAAAGGAAGAAAGGUUCAGCUUGUUUUCAGGUUCUUGGCACAAUGUUUGCAUGCCCAUAUGUAUACUGAAAGAGUUAGUACCUUUGCCAAGGAGGUAUGCUCUUUUUGUAUGUUCUUUUGUUCGGUUUGCUUCCCUCCAUCUGCCAGCAACAGCUAUUUUAAAAUAAUAAAUAAUAAUAAUAUAUACUUAGGUUCUUCCUUAGCCACACCUUUCCACCAUAAACCUCAUACUGCUGAUACACAAAUAUUUAGUUCACUCUUGUCAACAUUGUGGGGCAUCUGUGCUGCAUUCAAUUCAAUUUAUAUUGUCAAAUCAUAACAGAUGUUAUCUCUGCACCCUUUACAGAUACAGAGUAGGUCUAGACCUCACUUCAAUCUUCAAUUUACAGAAACCCAACAAUCCCCCAAGAACAUUUGAACACAGCAGCAGGAAAAAAAAGUCCUUUUUUCAUGUGGUGUCAGCAUAAUUGGAAAAAUGUAUUUCUGAUUAUAUUUCAUGACUCAACUAUUCCGCCUCCCUUUCCCUUCGUUGUCACGCAAAUACUGGACACGGCUAUCAAAGUGUUGUUUCAACACCCUGAGCAAUAAAAAAAAAAAACAUCUUCUGUGCAGCGUCGAUGUUGUUUCCACAUUACAACCUAAAGCUCGUGGACACGCUAAAGUUGGACUUCCCAACUCGGAAAAUGGGACCGUCCGAGGAGCGUGUGAAAGCACCGUGGCGGAGGUCUGCUGCUCGCUGUAAUCAUUCAUCUGUUCAUACUGGCUGUGUAAGGAUUCCUGCCGUCCUUCAUACCAACUCAAGAUGUGUUGGGAACAAAAUCCACAGUUUGUUAAAAAGUACAGCAAGUGUGAAAUUUCCUCUGUUUCAACAGAGUGUUUCCAUGUGAGGCUGUGCAGGAUAUGACAACACACAAAGGGGUUUCAUACGGUCGUAAGUCUCAUUAGCUUCAGCCCAAUGUUAGAAUGCAUAUCUGCACAGAACAAGAACUGUUGAUUUCAUCUCUCUUCCCCCCCCCCCUCUCUUUCAUUGCAGCGGGAUGAACGGGCUGAAUUAUUACAGUGACUCUUGCAAUGUGCAUUUGUCAUGCAAAUCUUGUUUUAAAAAUAUACCUGAAAAGAAAUUGAACCUUUAAAAGAGAACAAUGGAAAACGCACUUUGUUUAUCAGUUUUUUGUAUUCCUGUUUGUUUGUGUGUUUAAAUAACAUAAGUCACAUUGGGGACCAGAGUGGAGAUGACAGAGUUAAAGA